AUGGAUUCAGAAUCGUGCACGAUUUAUUGUGGGAGUCUAUCGCCAAAAGUUACAGAGGAACUACUGUAUGAGCUUUUUUUACAGGCAGGGCCGUUGAAAUCCGUAAAGAUCCCAAAGACUCUUCAAGGUGAAUCUAAAUUAUAUGGAUUCGUCGAAUAUCAACAUGAGUGUUCAGUGGACUAUGCUAUUCAACUCUUUCACCACACUACCCUUUUUGGCCAGGAACUUCAGCUCAAACGGAGAAAACAGAACAAUCCAGGACACCCCCCCACUGGACAGAUGUCAGGAAUGCACCGCACGAGUAGUCUUCCAGUUAUGAUGAAAAUCCCCAUGCAGGCUCCUCAGUUGUUUUACAGGCCACCAUUCAUAACAGGCUUCAUGUAUCCACCAAUAAGCAACAUGUUCAACUAUGGCCUUGUUAUGACUCCACCUGUCCCGAUGCCUUGCCAUUUGCGCUUUGAUGAAGCUGGUUUGCCAAAAAGAGACUUUGUUCCAACUCCAGAUAUUUUGAAUGUACAAUGUAGUGAUUUAGCUAUAUCAUCACAUCAAGAAACAGAUCACACUAGUAGCAGGCAUAAAUCUUCCCAUCAGGAAAGUGGCAUUAAUAAAAGAAGGAAAAGCAGUAACAGUAGCUUCAGUCCCAGCAGGCAGGAAUAUGACCGAGACGGCAAAAAAGCGAGGUAUUCGCAUUCAGACAAGCCCGAAAAUCAUCGGGACAGACAGGUGUAUGGAGGAAGUGAGGAUAGGUCUAGAGCAUCUUGUAAUGAUUUGCGAGAAACUAGACAUUUUCACAGAAAUGACCAACGAUCUAGUAGAAGGGACUAUACAGAUAUUGAGGAAGACAGUAGACGUCGUCGCUGGGACGAACAUAGCAGGAGCAGAUCUCACCAUGAUGAUAGACGUCAAGAGAACAGGUCGCGUCGCGAUAGACCCGAAGACCGGGAACGGCAUUACAUAGACUAA